AUGGCGGCCGUUGAUGGCCAGCCCCCCAUGGCUGGCCUUCCUCGGUCGUUCGCCGAUCUGGUUUCGAUAGUGCCCCAACCACUGCCGGAGGUGACAGUACCUUUUCGGCAACCAAAAUACGUGGAUGGUGAAGUUUUUUUCUCCUUUUCCUCUGAGGAAUUAGUUAAAACGGCAGAACCUUUCAGAUUUUCCAUGGUUGUGAAGUUCCUCCGACAGAGACCCUCGCUUGAUAGUAUUCGGGCUUUCAUCCGUAGCCACUGGGGUCUGUCAUCCCUGCCCGUUGUCUCCGCCAUGCAACGUCCCAGGAAUAUAUUCAUACGAAUGUCCAAUGAGCUCGACUUUCUCAAGGCGCUGUCAAGGGAAUCGUGUGAUAUAGAGGGUGUCCCCUACCGCCCCUUUGCUUGGUCACCGGAGUUUGAUGAAGAAAUUGAGCCUCCGUCGGUCCCUGUUUGGGUUUUCCUACCGGGACUACCGCCUAACUUUUACCACGCCUCCCUCUUAAAGAUGCUCACGGCACCGAUUGGAAAAUACAUACGCCGUGACAAUCCCACAAAGUGUGCCACCCGUACAGAUGGAGCUCGGAUUUGCUUAGAAAUCAAUGCAGCACAGAAGCCGAUCUCACAUUUUUGGAUUGGCAUCCCUGGAAUGCCAAAGAGCCGAAGACAGGAAAUCAUAUACGAGACUUUGCCAGCCUACUGUUCGAAGUGCCGAUGCCAAGGACACAAUCAGAGGACCUGUCGGUAUGGAAGUGAUAAAAACCAAAUAGUAAAAGGAGGGAAGACCUGGAAGAAGGUAACCGAAAAACCCAGCACUAAGGAGGGUAACGUGGAUGGAGUUUUAUCGUUGGAAGCGGCUGUGACUAAUUCGGAAACUAUGGAUAAGUCACUGGUACCGUUCGUUGGUGUUGUGAUCGCUGAACAGGGAGAAACAAGCAAACAAGCUCCACGGGAUUAG